UUUUUUUCCCCAGCGAUGGCUGAGCUCUGUAGUUCGCAGUACCGUUCUUUGCCUCUGGUCCAUCUCUACUCCUAGGGAGUUGCGGAGGUGGGGGCGACGGCGGCCGUGGAGGGCCAGUUUAAGGCGUGGCCGUGUCCGCAGUCUGCGCGGAGGGGCUGGUGGCCCGCGACGGGCGGGUCUCACGUGCAUGUCGCCUCCCUCCGCAGCUCCAAGCGCUCUCCCGGCCUCCUCGGGACUUGCGGUCCGCUCGGCCCUGCUCCGCAGAAAACUCCCAAGCCGCCUUCCAGAUUAGCCAGUCUUCCAGAAGGACGGAACGCCGCCGCUCGGCAUCGCCCUGCAGCCGCCGCCGCCUCCUCCGCAGGACCCGGCGACACUGUGGAGCCCGAAAUGAGAAGGAGAUUCUUCAGCUUUUGAGAUAGGGUCUUGCUGUGUCGCUCCAGUUGGCUUGGAACUUGUGGUCCUUCAGCCUCAACCUCCCAGGUGUGUGGAGCUGCCACACCCAGCUCUGUCUGCUUCGGUCAUAAAAGCCUCCACUCCAUAUGCCAGACAACUAAUUGAAGGGAUUCUGCCAGCCAAGAAGGAACUCUUUGUAAGAGACUCAGACUCCGUUACUGAAGAAAAGAUAAAGGUAGAAAAGAUGGUGGCUGAUUGCCUGACAAAUUGUUACCAGGUCUCGGUAACUUUUGAUGAUGUGGCUGUGGACUUCACCCAAGAAGAAUGGAUUUUAUUGGAUCAAGCUCACAGAGACCUCUACAGAGAAGUAAUGCUGGAAAACUACCAGAACCUGGCCUCAGCAGGGUGUGAGGUCAUCAAACCUAGCCUGAUCUCCUGGUUGGAAGAAGAGGAUUUGCACAGAGAAGAUCUCCAAGAAUGGGAAAUGCCACUCGGCACCAAAGAGUCAACAUUGUGUCAGGAAUUUUUGAGGAGACAGACUUCCAGUGGAAUACAAACAGUCAGAAGCCAUAGUGCACAAGAACUCUGUUACUAUGUACAAUGUGGAGAAAUCUUCAGUGAACAUUCAUAUUUCAAGACACAUGUGAAAACUCACAGUACUUGCAACACCGGACAUUUUACUCACUCAAGUCAUGAUGCCUCUGUUCAAGAGCACACCAUAAAAACGUAUCCAUGUAAGAUUUGUGGAAAAGCCUUUGGACGUUCUUCAAAUCUUAACAGACACUUACGAAGUCACACUGGAGAAAAACCCUAUGAAUGUAAGGAAUGUGGGAAAGCCUUUACUACAUACUCAAGGCUAGUAGAACAUUUUAGAACUCAUACUGGAGAGAAACCGUAUAAAUGCAAGGAUUGUGGAAAAGCCUUUGCUAAGAGGUCAGGCCUUAUAACACAUAUAUCAACCCAUGCUUCAGAGAAGCCCUUUGCAUGUAAAGAGUGUGGGAAAGCCUUUGCUUCGUCUCCACGCCUUAGUCAGCAUGUGAGAAUUCACAGUGGAGAGAGACCCUACAUAUGUAAGGACUGUGGGAGAGCCUUUCUCACUUCCUCCUACCUACGGAACCAUAUAGGAAGAACUCACAGUGGAGAGAGACCCUAUCUGUGUGGAGAAUGUGGGAAAGCCUUUCAUUCUUACUCAAAUCUGCGUAGACAUGUGAGGACUCACAGUGGAGAGAGACCCUAUAUAUGCAAGGAAUGUGGGAAAGCCUUUCUCAAUUCCUCAUACCUACAUAACCAUGUAAGAAAAACUCACAGUGGAGAGAUGCCUCAUAUAUGUGGUGAAUGUGGGAAAGUCUUCCACGCUUCCUCAUACCUUCGUAGACACUUAAGAACUCACAGUGGAGAGAGACCAUGUAUAUGUAAGGAAUGUGGGAAAGCCUUCCUCAACUCCUCGUACUUACGCAAGCAUUUAACCAUUCAUACUGGAGACAAACCCUACGAGUGUAAAGAAUGUGGGAAAGCCUACCGUAGGUACAAUCUGCUGCAUGACCAUUUAAAAACUCAUACAGUAGAAAAGCCAUUUGAAUGUGAUGUAUGUGGAAAAUCCUUUCAGUAUUUUUCAUACCUUACUAAACACGUUCGUAUUCACACCGGAACAAAACCGUAUAAGUGUAAAUACUGUGGGAAAGAUUUCACUACUUCCUCAAGCCGAACUGAGCAUAUCCGAACUCACACUGGUGAGAGGCCCUAUGAGUGCACAGAAUGUGAGAAAACCUUUACUUCAUCCUCUAACCUCAUUCACCAUGUAAAAAUCCACACUAGAGAGAAACCUUUUGUUGAGAAUGUAGGGAAGCCUACAGCAGAUUUUACCUACUAACAGAACACUAAUAACUCAUGGUGAACAAAAUGACUUCAGAUAGGAGGAAUGCCAAAAAUCCUUAAUCCCUCAUGUCUUGACUACAUCAUAUUGGAGUUUACAAUAUUGAGAAACUAAUGUGGAACAGCCCCCAGUUAUGACAGUUUCCUUUGUAAACAUUAAAGAACCCCUAUUCAAGAUGCACUAUGAAUUAAGGAAAGAAAUAUUAAAGCCCUCACUAUUUUCUAGGAACUUACUGAAUAUGAGACUUCACAAUGAAGGGAAACACUGAUACAAGAUAUACAAAAGGUUGUAGUUCUGCUAAGUAUUUUUAAUUCAUUUGUUCCAAAAGUUAGAAAACUUUUUGAAGGUAAGAAAUGUUAGGAAGACACAUGAACUUAAUCCUCAGUGUUUAGUAAACAUAAUUCAUAUCCAAGAGAAAUCAACUAUCUGGAAAUGUUGUCCAUGUACCCCGAAAUGUGGUAUUGCUGGCAGCAGGAAGGCCUGUUGAAUGAUACUGUUUAUUUUGAACUUUUGAUAUCUGUCCUGAUAAUUCCUAGAGUGAUAUGUUUUCUUUCCUCUAAGCAAUGCCAUUUCAUCUUGGUUGUUAAAACUUCUGGAUAGCAAGCUGAUGACAUGAGGACUUUUGGAAUAUAAACAUUGUUUUUGUUUUUUUUUUUUGUUUUUUUUUUUGGUUUUUCGAGACAGGGUUUCUCUGUGGCUUUGGAGGCUGUCCUGGAACUAGCGCUUGUAGACCAGGCUGGCCUCGAACUCACAGAGAUCCGCCUGCCUCUGCCUCCCGAGUGCUGGGAUUAAAGGCGUGCGCCACCACCGCCCGGCAACAUUGUUUUAAUGUAGUAUAGAUAAGUUGAUUACCCUAUAAUAACUUACAGCAGCUAAGUUUCAUAGUACAGUUCUCAUGGUCUCCUUGUUCCUCUUUCACAACUUUUAGGUAAAAGGAAAUAUAAAUAAAUAAGCAAACAAACUAGCAAAGUCCUUUCCCCAAAACACAUUAAGCUGUGAAUCCCUAAAUAAAUCAGUCAUUGAUGAAGCCAGAGCCCUCAUGACCCAGAUAUCUCUCACAUUUUCCCCCCUACUACAGCCCUGGGGAUCAAGUCUUUGAUAUAUAAGCUUCAGGGUACAUUUCAGAUACAAGUCAUAAUACAGUCCCUCCUAGGUUUUGGUAAUUCCUCAAGAUUACAAACAAUGCAAAUGCUUGGGAGCAUAUGUUGUAUAGUCAUUUUAAAUUUAGGUUGUUUUCUAUGUGUGUGUGUCUUGGGAGUGGGAAAGGCAUAUGUGUCACAGUGCACAUAUGGACAUCAGAAGACAACUUGCCAGAGUCUGUUUGAUCCUUCUACCAUGUGGGUCCCAGAGAUAAAAUUGGCUUAUCAGGCAUGACUUGGCAAGCACCUUUUACUCACUCAGCCAUCUCACUGGUCCAUACUUUGCAGAUUCAAAACAACUGGGGGGCUGGAGAGAUGAUUAUGUGGUUAAUAAUACUUGCUGCUAUUUCAGAGGACCAGAGUUUAGUUCCCAGCACUCACAUAGAGAUGUUCAUAAAUGCCUGUAACUUUAGCCUUGGGAUCACACUCCUUCUUCUGGUCUCUGGAUACACAUGUGCAAAUGAACACACACAUAAAUUAUGAAGUCUUUUCAAAAAGAAAACCAACCCAGAGGUCAAACCCUAUUGUUUUCUGGGAACCUACCAAAACUGUGUGUUCCAGGUCCUAAAUCAAUCUAGAUGACAGCUGAAUAUAGAGAAUAUUCUUACUCAUUAGAAUUAUUCAGCAUUAUUGAUCUUAAAUCUUUUCCAGCCAUACUUUUCCUUCUUGACAGAAAAUUCAAUAAAUAUUGUGGCUAAUA